AUGGCGGCUGUUGUCACGGUGUUGAAAAACUUCCAGAAAUGGUGGUUUGCGGUUGAAAUGAAGAACGGGCAUGGCGUGCUAGGUCGCCUGCUGAGGGGCGUGGCGGGCGCCGUGGGCGGGGAAGCUAGUCGAGUCGAAGUCGUCAGUGUCUACGGGCGCCUCCCCGCCCCCGGCCAGCCCAAGCCCUUCAGCUUCUCCGACGUGUCUUCGAGGACGCCUCCCUCAGCGCCUUCGUCAGGUCGCCCAUCCACCCUGCAGCGCCCACCGCCUCCUCCCUCGGCCUGCGUCUGGCUCAGCGUGAGGGACGAGGGCGGCGCCUACAUGGACCCCAUCAAACUUCAGGGCUUGCUGGAACUUCACUCGAGGAAGCUAACCGAGACGACGCAGCUGACUGUGAUGAUGGACGAAUGUGGGCAGGCGUCCGGCACUUGGCCCUCUGGCAUUCCCUUCUACGGGCCCUCCCUGCCUCACCUCCUGCAGGAUCAGAUCAGGGACCCCUCCUCGGCGGCCUCCCUUCCCUCCACUUCCCUCCCUCUGCAGGUAGUAGACGUCAACUCCACGUCCCUGGUUACUCCCCGUCUCUCCACUUCGCACAACUGCCACACGCACGAGCCAGAACACUGCCUCUCGAACACCUGUCUGAACGGAGGCAGGUGCGUCAGGUUUCAGACGGGGAAUAGGUGCAUCUGCCCGGGCGGCUCCCAAGGCCCGCGGUGCAAGGUGGCCGCCCGCACCUUCUCGGGCGCGGGGUGGGCGUGGGUGCGGGCGCCGCCCCCGUGCCUCCCCGCCCGCAUCUCCCUCCGCCUCCUGAUCCGCCGCCCCGCCGGCCUCGUCUUCUACUCUGGCCCGAUGGCGCCCACGCCGCGGGGCCCCGACGCCCCGCCCACGCCCCUCCUGGCGCUGCAGCUGUGGCAGGGGCGGCCGCAGCUCCUGCUGGAGGGGCGGGGCGGCCCGCUCAAGGUGGAGCUCAACACGACGCUCCACAACGGCCACUGGCACACCAUCCACAUUCAGCUCCACUCCAAGGGCGUGGCGCUGAUGCUGAACCUGUGCGGGCGGGGCUGGCAGGACGCAGGCCACGACGAGAGCCGCUGCCUGGCGCGGGCCGACUGGAGGGACGCGGAGGCGGCGGCGGCCACCUGGCCCUGGUUUGGCCACGGGAUCCUGCAGCUGGGCGGCAUGGCGCACGCCCCCCCGCUCCCCGACGACCACGGGUGGGCCACGGCGCCCACGUCGCGCCCACUCGACGGCUGCAUCUCCCACCUGCGGUUCAACGGCCAGGUAAGACGCGGCCUGCAGUCAUGGCGCAGGGACGCGGGCGAGCUGGUCGACCUCGGCGAGCCGGCCGUCAGCGAGGGCAGCGCGGGCGGCUGCCGGCCCCAGGAGGAGGCGUGUCGGGGCGCCAUCCCUGGGUGCGGGCGGCGCGGGCGCUGCGUGGGCGGCCUGGAGCAGCCCGAGUGCGAGUGCGAGCCCGGCUGGUCCGGCCUCGGCUGCACGACGCCCACGGCGCCCGCGACGCUCGGGCGGGCGUCGUACGUGAAGGUGGCGCUGUCGUUCACGCCGGCGCCGCACGUGCUGACGCUGCAGCUGCGGCUGCGGACGCGCGGCGCCAGGGACGGCCUGCUGGUCCUCGUCAACACGCACCACGAGGACGUCGGGCUGGCGCUGCACAGGCUCUCCCAGCUGCGUGCGGGCGUUGUGUGCUCCUCGGUGCGCGGCGGCGGGCGUGAGGAAAGGGCGGCGUGCGUGGAAGGGCGUCCCGUGAGCGACGGGGCGUGGCACACGGUGUGGGCGGAGCGACAUGGCCACAACCUUCUGGUGGGCGUGGACGACGGCGACGGCUGGCGGAGGAACGAGUCGCUGCCGCUGCUGGAGGGCGUGGCGGAGGGCGGCGGGGCGUGGGGUCCUCCGCCGCCCCUCCACGUGGACAAGAACGAGGGGAUCACCGUGGGCGGCCGGCCUGAAUUCGCGGGCGUGAACCUCGUCACUGUGAGGGAUGACCUGCAAGACGCUUGUAUCGAAGACCUCAGACUCUCCGGCCGCCCCCUCCCUCUACCCCCGGUUAACAACAGCACAACAUGGGGCCAAGUUACAACGUUGCAACACAUGAAAUCAGAUUGCACAGCUCCCGACGCUUGUCUCAACACCACCUGUGCUGUUCCUCUCACGUGCACCUCGACUUGGGGGCAAGCCGCUUGUAGCUGCGGUCCGGGCCGAGAACUGGUGGGCCGCACCUGCAAAGACAUAGACGAGUGUCUGUGGCAGCCCUGUCUCCAUGGGGGGUCCUGUUAUAACAUGCGGCCCGGCUUCCUGUGUGUGUGCGGCCCUAGUCACUCCGGACAUUACUGUCAGUGGACCAAUUUAGGCUCUACAGCAUAUUCUCUCACGGGAACACUGGCCAUCGUCACUCUCACUCUGUCGCUCAUUCUCGUGGGUGAGUACAAAGGAGUUAAAAGUAAAAAGGAGGAUUAG